UUUGUCAAUGCCUGGUGACCUCAGGCGCUCAGUUUGUAAAUCUGCACAUGACAGCCCCGGAGAACAAACUUGGUGAAAUUAGGACUUUGAUUGUCCCUAAAAACCGCAGGACACCAAUACGCAAUUCGUGGCCUUCAAUUGUUGAGGUGUUAACAAAGCAGCUCAAACUUAUGGUAUGCAUGAAAACAGAUAAGAAAUUAUGGAAAGUAUUUAUCAAACCAUCUUCAGAAACAAGAGAUGCCCAGCACUUACAGAAGGGUUGUGACUUCGUGAGCGCUUUUCUGAAAGGCUUUAAGUACGAAGACGCAUUAGCUGUGGUCAGAAUAGAUGGUAUCUACGUCAAUUCAUUCCACAUAAUGGAUGUGAAACAAACACUCAGAGGUGAUCACAUGGCUCGAGCAGUGGGGCGUAUUUGCGGUGCUAAAGGUCGUAUUCGUAUGUGUAUUGAAAACGCUACGCGGACUCGCAUAGUCGUUGCCGAUGAAACCAUCCAUAUUCUAGGAAGCAAUGACCGUAUAGCAGUGGCCCGACGUGCAAUAUGUGAUCUGAUAUUGGGUGCUCCGCCGAACAAAAUUUUCGGAAAAAUUCGAACACACGCCGCUAGACUAGAUUCUUCUUUGUAACUUCUUUAAACCUACGCGCUGAUGUAUAAAAUUUGUUCAUUCCGUUCUCGUUAUCUUGCUGAUGUUAUUAUUUUGAUACCAUACGUAUUGCUUUCAUAAAACGUAAGUUAUUUAAGGAUAACAUUUGUAAAUUAUUUGCUAUAAAUGAGAGUAAACUUCAGUUGGUUACAUGAGUCGUAGGAAAAGAAAUAUACACACUGAACCUGUGUAUUGAAGUAUAUCAAUAGGGCUAGCCGUUAAUCGUACUAAGAGUGAGUACACUUCUUUUAAAAAAUAUCAAAUCGUUCUACCGUAUAAUACGUAUAUUUUGUGGUUUCAUAGCACUUACUAAAAUAUUUAGAAUCCCAUAAACUCAUUUAAUUUCUUUUCCGAAUGUAAAUUUGCUCUUAAUAGUAAUCAGAUGUUUUAAUAUUGAAUUGGAACUUUUAUUUUAAGUGUACUAGAAUGUUGUUAGAGAGCUUGACGAAGAUGGUUCACCAAAC